GUGAAAGUGGUGACAUUUGAAAUAACGGUUUUUUGUGAUUUGAAAACAAACUUUUUUCUUUUAAAGGAAACUAAUUAAUAAACAUAAACAUGUUACCAGGUAAAAGUGACUCAUUCUCCUUUCAUAGUGGGGAGAGUGUUAAUCGAUGUUCCAUUAGAAGUACAGGUAUGCAGAAUUGCAGGAGAAAAUUGGAAGAUAAUUUCAAUGACAAAACUGGAAUACAAGAAAACAGAUCAGUAUUAGGAGUAUUAUCCCUUAAUGAUAAUGCUAGAAAAACACUCAGAAAUGGAGCAGAAAGAAUAACUAAAACAUUAAAUAUAUUUAGAACAUCAUUAGGGACUUUUACACAAAGGUUCAAAAUAUCUACCAAACGACGACAGAUAUUAGAAGAAGGUCCAAUGACUCCAAACUGUACCAACACUCCUUAUGUGAAACAAGUCUUGGGACGGACACCAACAAAAAUGUACAGUCCAUUUGGUAUUGACAGUCCUUAUAAUGCUACGACUUAUAACAAAGAAAAUCUGCCUUAGAAACAAUAUAAAGCUGGGUUAACUGUAAUUAAUUCUACAAUAAUACAAUACAGUAUUUAUAUAUUUUUAAGAUAUUUGAAAAUUAUGCACUAAUUGCACAUCUGAUAGAUGUUAGUUAAUUAAUGAGAAUGUAGUACACUUUCUUAAAUGUAUGAUCAUAUUUUUUGUCAUUUUUACUUGUGUUUAUCUACAAAUUAUAUUUUUCAUAAAAUACAU